AUGAUAUCAAAAUCAAUCAAACUCAAAUCAUUCUCAUUCUCACUCUCAUUCUCAUUCAUCAUCUCAAUCCUCAUCAUCAAUUUAACUUUCAAUCAAAUCUCAGCAUCACAACAACCCAAAAAAAGACAUUAUGAUACUCAUGAAUAUUAUGUAAUCGAAAUCUCAGAAUCAGCAAUCCAUUUAAAUCCAGAAGAAAUCAUCAGACCAUUAGAAGUUGAAUUUGUAGAAAAAGUAGGAGAAUUAAAAGAUGUUUAUUUGGUAAGAGCAAGUAAACAAAUUGUAGAAUCAGGUUUUGAUCAUCCUUAUUAUCAUUCAAUCCAAAGUAGAUCAACAAAUCGAGAAUUAAAAAAAAGAGAUAGUGUAAUUGAACGUUAUGAUUUCUUUAAACGUUCAUUACACGAUCGAUCAGUAUUACAAGAAGUUCAAAAAAUCGAUCAAUCUUAUUACGAUCAACGUAGAUCAUUAACAGCACCAUUACUUUCAUCUAGACAAGCCAUCAAAUUAAUGAAAUCAAUAGACAAACAAGUUUUAAGAAAACGUCAUAAACGUGAUAUAAUUUAUAUUCCAUCAAAAGAUGGAUCAACACCUAUCAUUAAAAGAGAUUUCGAUCCUCCUACAAUUAAAAGAAGACAAGUAAUGAAAAGUUUAAGUCAAAGAUUAGGAUCUCAAUUUAAUAUCAAAGAUCCACUUUGGCCAAAACAAUGGCAUUUAGCUAAUGAUGAAAUGCGUCAACAUAUGAUCAAUGUAACGGAUGUUUGGGCCAGCGGGAUUACUGGAAAAAAUGUCACGGUUGCGAUUGUAGAUGAUGGAUUGGAUAUGACUUCAGAUGAUUUAAGUCCAAAUUUUUUUGAAGGUGGAUCUUGGGAUUAUAAUGAUCAUGCUCCUUUACCUGCACCUAGAUUACCUGAUGAUCUACACGGGACUAGAUGCGCAGGAGAAAUCGCAGCGAUUCGAAAUGAUGUUUGUGGAGUAGGAGUAGCAUAUGAUGCCAAAGUAGCAGGAAUUCGAAUUUUAUCAGCUUCAAUAAGUGAUGCAGAUGAAGCAUCAGCCUUAAACUAUAAAUACCAAGAAAAUCAUAUUUAUUCUUGUUCUUGGGGUCCACCAGAUGAUGGGAAAUCAAUGGAAGCUCCAUCUAGAUUAAUUUUUAAAGCUAUACUAAAUGGAAUUCAAAAUGGUAGAGGUGGAAAAGGUAGUGUGUUUGUGUUUGCAAGUGGAAAUGGUGGUGCAGUUGAUGAUCAAUGUAAUUUUGAUGGUUAUACAAAUAGUAUUUAUUCGGUGACUAUCAGUGCUGUUGAUCGAAAAGGUUUACAUCCUUACUAUUCGGAAGUUUGUUCUGCUAAUAUGGUAGUGACUUAUUCAUCUGGUUCUGGUGAUAAUAUUCAUACAACAGAUGUAGGAAAGAAUAAAUGUACAGAUCGACAUGGUGGUACAUCAGCAGCAGCUCCGUUAGGUGCAGGAAUUCUUGCAUUAGUAUUAGAAGCCCGACCCGACUUAACAUGGCGAGAUGUACAACAUUUAGUAGUUUCAACAGCAGAACCGAUCUUAAUGUCAGAUCCAGAUUGGCAAAAAACAGCCACAGGUAGAUGGUAUAAUCAUAAGUUUGGUUUUGGUAAUAUGGAUGCAUCUAGAAUUGUAGAAGCCGCCAAAACAUGGAAAUUAGUGAAACCUCAAGCUUAUUGGACUUCACCAAAUGUGAAUGCACUUAAACAAGUGAUUACAAAAGAAGGUGUUAGUUCGACUCUUGAGAUUAAACAAUCUGAUUUAGAUGGAGCGAAUUUCGAAACACUUGAACAUAUUACGGUUGCACUCAACGUUUUACACGGCCGAAGAGGGAAUGUUAGAGUUACACUUACGAGUCCACAUGGAACCGUUUCAAUCUUAGCAACUCAUCGAAGGUAUGAUGAAGCCGAAACAGGUUUUCCAGGUUGGGUCUUUAUGACGGUCAAACAUUGGGGUGAACCAGCUGCUGGGAAAUGGACAUUAUCAGUUUUAGAUCCACAUCAAACACCAGGAAAGAAUGGUACAUUUGAAGAUUGGGCUAUCGGACUAUGGGGAGAAUGUAAAGAUCCAAAGAUUCAAAAACUUUUCAAGAUGCCAGAUGAUUCUGAAAUUCAUUUACCUGUUGGACCACCUAUCUCAGGUGUACCAUUUGAUAAUGAGAAGACCAAAUUAUUAUCAAAACCGACGGCUCAUUUACCUGAAGAUCAUGCAGGAAUGGAAGAUUUCUUAACUGGUUUAGGAGGAAUGACUGGAUAUCUUUCUGGGAAAUCAGUUUGGAUCUUUAUUGUUUUUGGCACGACGAUUAUCGUUGGAGGAUCUUUAUUAGGUUGGAUGAUGAUGAGAAGAAUGAGAAGAAGAAGAAGAAUAGGAAUUGAUGAUGAUGAUGAUGAAACAGAUGAAGAUGAAGAUGAUCGAAUGGGACUUUUGUCAGGAGGAGGAAAAAGAAAAAGUCAAAGGAAGAAAGAAAUGAUGACCAAAGAACUUUAUGAUGCGUUUGGUGAUGGUGAUGGUACUCAAAGUGAUGUUGAUACAAAUGAAAAUGAACAUGAUGAUGAAGGAAUUGUUAAAUCAAAAGGGAAAGGAAAAGGAAAAGAGAAAGAAGAAUAUAGAGAUGAAUGA